AUGAGGACUAGAGGCAGAGAUGGUACUGUUGCGGAUCGGGCCAUUGAUAGAGCCGAUGCUCGUGCUUGGGCGGCUGCUGAUGAGGUGCAUGAGGAUGAGGUUGAUGAGGUUGAGGAGGUGGCUGUUGUUUGGGAGCCGACUGUUGCUGAGGAUCCGGUGGCUGUUGUUGAGGAGCAGGUACCUGUUGCUGAUGAGGAGGUGCCUAGAGUUGAGGAGCGGGUGGCUCUGGUUGAGGAGGGGGUUGCUGAGGUGCGGGUGGCUCAUGAUACGGACACCACCACAGGUGCAUCUACAAAGGCAUCAGUACACAUUGAUGGGGGUUUUCCAGGAGGACCUUCUGACAGGUCCGUUUUGACAGGAUAUUUGGACCAUGUCGCUUAUAGGAUAUGGCAGGGCGAGGAGCGUCUAGUGCUGAAGCUCACUUCGUACAGGUCGAAGUUGAAGAACUUCCCCGAAAGACCGAUGCCUGAGCAGGUGGUGAGGAUAGUUUGGGACUUUCAUUUAUUGGACUUUGCUGGAUGCUCCCUGACGAUGCUGGAAACCCCUCUAUUAUCAGCUUUUGUUGAGAGAUGGCACCCGGAGACAUCAUCAUUUCAUCUUCCAUUUGGGGAGAUGACGGUGACUCUGGAUGAUGUGCAUUCCCUAUUUCACCUUCCGAUAGCAGGUACGUUUUUAACACCAGUUCAUAGGGAACAGGCGACGGCGGUGCACAUGGUGAUGGAUGCUUUAGAGGUUGAUGAGCUGGCUGUGCUCAAGGAGUUUGAUGACACUCGGGGCUUUCACCUUAGGAUGUCUUGGUUGAGGAGGGUUUAUCAAGAGCUUGUCGAUGCAGGGAGGUACCAGGCUGCCGCUAUGGCGUACAAGCUACAUCUAGUGGCAUGUACUCUCUUUGCGGACAAGUAUGGAGUUUACAUAGAUUGUUGGAUUUACGAGCACUUCCCUCGCAUCUGUGAGCGGAAUACCCAGUGUUGUACGGCUGCUAACCCUUGUGCGAGAAGGUGGAAGGCCAGACAGACCCUUCCAGGAGACAGACCCUUGAUGGAGUAUAGGCGGAGGCUGGAUGCUCUGACGCUGGAUGAUGUCAUAUGGAUACCAUGGGAGAGCCAUGUGGCUAGACACUUGCCUGAGAGGUGUCUACGCCAGUUUGGUUAUAUACAGGGCAUCCCACGACCAGUCUCAGAGGCUCCAGCUGGUGACAUUGAUCGGUGGUUUCAGAGUCACAUUCUCAGCUCCCCCCGUGAGAUCAUUGAUACAUCCGUUGCGGUUCAGCAGCCUGGACAGUGUCAGGAUGGAUACCUGGAGUGUUUCCUCAGUGUGUCACACCCUAGGGUCAGCCCAUCUGCCGCAGCAUCUGAUGUUCCAGGGCCUUCGAGUACCAGGGCUUCUUCACCGCCACCACCACCACCUCCCGCUGGUGACCAGGACAGCCGCCUGGAGUACAUCGCAGUUCACUUGGAUAGCCUCAUGGGUUUGGUGAACCCUGAUGGUGAGGUUCAUAGUAUUUUAGCUAGGUUGGCGGAUGUUGCCCGUGGAGGACCUAUGUAG